AUCUUCAUUGAGCGCAUAAAACAGACUAAACAAUCACUUUACGAAAAUUUAGCUCGGACCAAAGUCAGCGUUAUGUGAUUUUCUUCCUAACUGAAAGAUUCUUUAACUCACUUCUUAACUACUAUUUUAGUUAUUAGCUGGUGGAAGACUAUAGUGAUCAGAAACAGUAGAUGCAGAAAUGGGUACUUUGGAAGAACAAUGUUCACUCUUGGAAAAGCCUCUUCUUCAGAAUGGAGACAGUGAGCUUUACACUGGCGACGGCUCAGUUGACGCCAAUGGGAAGCGCGUGGCAAAGAAGAAUACUGGAAAUUGGAAAGCAUGCUGCUUCAUUAUAGGUGCUGAAUGUUUGGAUAGCUUUGCCUUGUCUGGGAUUUCAUGUAAUCUUGUUACUUUUUUUACAAAAGAACUGCACCAAGGAAGUGUGGCUGCUGCUACAACUGUUUCGAUUUGGCAAGGCACUACCAGCCUCACACCACUUCUAGGAGCCAUUAUAGCAGAUGCUUACUUGGGAAAAUAUAGGACCAUUGCUGCUUUCGCCAUCAUCAAUUUCAUAGGAUUAUGUGCCUUGACUCUCUCAGUAUCAAUUCCAGCUUUGGGGCCUGAAGUAUGUCAGGGCUCUUUAUGUCCAUCAUCAACCACUGCUUCACAAUCUGCUUUCUUUAUAUGUGGACUUUAUCUGGUUUCUUUAGGGUCUGGUGGGAUCAAACCAUGUAUUGGACCAUUUGGCGGGGAUCAAUUUGAUGACACUGAUCCAAAGGAGAAAGGAAAGAAGGGAUCUUUCUUCAACUGGCUUUACUUUUCAAUAAGCAUUGGCAGUUUCAUAGCAAGUACUUUUCUUGCAUGGAUUCAAAAUAAUGUUGGGUGGGGUCUUGGUUUUGGUAUUCCUGCACUCUCUAUGGGCAGUGUCAUUGCUUGUUUCAUUUUUGGAACACCCUUUUAUAGAUUUCAGAAAUCAAGGGGAAGUCCUAUCACAAGAAUGUGCCAAGUUUUGGUUGCGUCGUGCCGGAAGUGGAAUCUUGAGGUGCCUAACGAUAGCAUGGAUCUUUAUGAAACACAAGAAAACAAUUCUUCCAUGGAUGGAGGCUGCAAGAAACUUGAACACACUAAUAGACUAAAGUUUCUUGAUAAGGCAGCUGUGAUGUAUACUAGUGAGAUUAGUACUAGUGGGAGCUCCUUUAAUCCGUGGAGACUUUGCAGCGUAAAUCAAGUUGAAGAACUGAAGACUUUGAUACAUUUAUUACCAAUCUUGGCCACUGGAAUAGCCUUCUCUGUUUGUAUUGCUCAAAUUUCUACAAUGAUGCUGGAACAAGGCAUGAUGAUGGACUCAACUAUUGGUUCUUUAACCAUUCCUCCAGCUGCUCUUGCAACAUGCAACACAGCUGUUGUUCUUUUGGUUGUUCCCCUGUAUGACAAGGUACUUGUCCCCAUUGUUAGGAGAUUUACACACAACGAAAAAGGCUUCACUGAGUUGCAACGGAUUGGGAUUGGCCUCUUCGUUUCGAUUCUAAGCAUGUCAGCAGCAGCAGUUGUGGAAAUGUAUAGACUUUGUCUUGCCAGAGAACUUGGGUUAGCUGACAAAAAAGUUGUUGUACCACUCAGUAUAUUAUGGCAGGUACCUCAGUAUGUUUUGGUGGGAAUUUCACAAGUAUUCACCUGCAUUGGACAAAUAGAGUUCUUCUAUGAAGAGUCACCAAGGACUAUGAGAAGUUUAUGUAGUGCAUUAAUGCUUCUUACCCUUUCGUUGGGAUUCUAUUUGAGCUCUUUUAUUCUUACUAUGGUAACUUAUUUCUCUACAAAGGGUGGCAAGGUUGGAUGGAUACCAGACAAUCUAAAUGAGGGCCAUCUUGAUUAUUUCUUCUGCCUCUUGGCUGCUCUUAGCUUCUUGAAUUUCGUUGUUUACAUAGCGUUUGCCAUGAAGUUCAAGCAUAAGAGGUUUGCUUAUUAAGGUUCUUAUCAGUUAUUCUGUAUUGCAAUUUAAAUUGGUAUUCUUGUAUCAAACAAAUAAUGUGCCAAGCCUUGCCUGCAUCGCUCCAUAGCUAGACUCUGGAGGUGCCUAAAGACAGCAUAGUCUCCUAUAUGAAAUACAAGAUAGAAGUUAUGUUGUUAAAGGAAACUGUAAAUUGAAACAUAUUGAUGCAAUUACUACUACAUGCUUUACUUGAGAUGUAUGUGCGUGAAAA